AUGUGGACAUGCCAGCCCCGGAGGAGAGGAAACAGGGCCAGGUCAGGCCCGGGGGAGAGGAAACAAGACCAGGCCAGGCCCGGAGGAGAGGAAACAAAGCCAGGCCAGGCCCGGAGGAGAGGAACCAGGGUCAGACCCGGAGGAGAGGAACCAGGGUCAGACCCGGAGGAGAGGAACAAGGGCCAGAUCCGGAGGAGAGGAACAAGGGCCAGAUCCGGAGGAGAGGAACCAGGGUCAGACCCGGAGGAGAGGAACGACCCGGAGGAGAGGAACCAGGGUCAGACCCGGAGGAGAGGAACCAGGGUCAGACCCAGAGGAGAGGAACAAGGGCCAGAUCCGGAGGAGAGGAACAAGGGCCAGAUCCGGAGGAGAGGAACAAGGGCCAGAUCCGGAGGAGAGGAACAAGGGCCAGAUCCGGAGGAGAGGAACAAGGGUCAGACCCGGAGGAGAGGAACAAGGGCUAGAUCCGGAGGAGAGGAACAAGGGCCAGAUCCGGAGGAGAGGAACAAGGGCCAGAUCUGGAGGAGAGGAACAAGGGUCAGGCCCGGAGGAGAGGAACCAGGGUCAGACCCGGAGGAGAGGAACAAGGGCCAGAUCCGGAGGAGAGGAACAAGGGCCAGAUCCGGAGGAGAGGAACAAGGGCCAGAUCCGGAGGAGAGGAACAAGGGCCAAAUCCGGAGGAGAGGAACAAGGGUCAGGCCCGGAGGAGAGGAACCAGGGUCAGAUCCGGAGGAGAGGAACAAGGGCCAGAUCCGGAGGAGAGGAACAAGGGCCAGGCCAGGCCCGGAGGAGAGGAACAAGGGCCAGGCCAGAUCCGGAGGAGAGGAACAAGGGCCAGAUCCGGAGGAGAGGAACAAGGGCCAGAUCCGGAGGAGAGGAACAAGGGUCAGACCCGGAGGAGAGGAACAAGGGCCAGACCCGGAGGAGAGGAACAAGGGCCAGAUCCGGAGGGGAGGAACAAGGGCCAGAUCCGGAGGAGAGGAACAAGGGCCAGGCCAGGCCCGGAGGAGAGGAACAAGGGCCAGGCCAGAUCCGGAGGAGAGGAACAAGGGCCAGAUCCGGAGGAGAGGAACAAGGGCCAGAUCCGGAGGAGAGGAACAAGGGCCAGAUCCGGAGGAGAGGAACAAGGGCCAGAUCCGGAGGAGAGGAACAAGGGCCAGGCCAGGCCCGGAGGAGAGGAACAAGGGCCAGGCUAGAACCAGAAAAACCUCCUUAUAUAAUGAAAGCUUCACUGGAUAG